GAUGAAGUAGCAGAUCAACACAGGUUCCACCCCUUCGACAGUGCAGCUGAGUCUGUUGCACAAACCUGAGCAGGCUCUGAAGAACACAUAAGAACUACUAUGGAUUUAGUUCUUUUUCUGUUAUGACUGAGGACGUGUGGGACAAAGGCUUGCACUAGAACACCCUCAUGACUGCUGUCUUGUAAACUGGCACUGAGAGAGGUGAGAAAGCAGGUGUUGAGUUUAUAUCUCUGCUGUUUUGAGGCCUGUUCUGGCCAACAUCAGUCAUGGACCUGACGCUGUGGCAGUACCAGUUUCGCAUCAUCAUGCUGGGUGACUCUACAGUGGGAAAGUCAUCCAUGCUGAAACGCUACACAGAGGACGAGUUUCUGGAGUGUAUCAACCAGACUGUCGGAGUGGACUUCUAUGUGUACUUCCUGGAAGUGGAGCCCGGAGUGAGGGUCAAGCUGCAGUUCUGGGACACAGCUGGCCAGGAAAGAUUCAGGUCAGUGACCCGCUCCUACUACCGGAACUCGGUGGGCGCGCUGCUGGUCUUUGACGUUGGGAACCGCGCGUCGUUUGAGCGCGUGCGGGAGUGGCACGCUGAGGUGUGCGAGCACGUGCGGCCUCAUGUCGUACUUUUCGUGCUCGUGGGCCACAAGACCGAUCGCGAGGAGGCAGGGGAGCGCGUGGUCAGCCGCGAGGAGGCGGAAAGGCUGGCGGCGCAGCUCGGAGCCCCGUACGUGGAGGCGUCCGCCAAAACAGGCCACAACAUCCGGGUCCCGUUCGAGCUGCUGAGCAGCCGCGUGUACCAGGGACUGCAGGCGGGAGAGGUGCAGCUGAGGGAGGGCUGGGACGGAGUGAAGAGCUCAGUUCCACACAGCCAGAAGACCACCACCACCAAACUGCACAACAACGACUCCAACACGCCGAGGAAGCGCUGUGACUGCUAGAGGAGCUCCCCUUAAGAGACUCGCACACCGAGCCUGAUCUGAGCGGAAAGUAGUGAGACUGUGGAAAGAACUCAGUCCCUGUUUAGUCAGCAGCAUCAUCCCAAAGCGCAGGGCCAGCGGCCGAACACUGUUACUGAAGUUAUGAGCGGUUUCUGAGGCGAAAUUAAGUGGCGAUGUGUGGGUCAGCAGUGCCCUUCUCGUGUCACAUGGUCAGAGGAAACCCUGAACAAGGGUAAAGUAAAAGAAGACCCAUAGUACUUUCUUUUGGUGGCCUAGGGUUUUCACUUUGAUUCACUCUUGAUGUUCACUUUGAUUGCUGGAUUUGUUAGUGGGGGUUUCCAAAAAGCACACCUGUCAACAGCCAGCUUAGUGAUGCAGUGAUUGAGAAUGGAUCAAAGCGCCAACUGUAGUAGUGAAGUCCUGUAGUAGUGAAUCACUGGUACUAAUUAGUAAUAAAAAGAUGCAAUGACUGCUUUUAAUGAAUUCAUUUUGAAAUAAGGACAGUUGUCCUGUUGGCGUUCCUUGGUUCUUCAUGCUGUUUUUGAUACCUUCUGGUACAACCUACUCAAAACAUCAUGCAAGGUGGGACUUGUGCCUGAAAUUCCCUGCUGAUCUAGAAACAUUUCGAACUAAACCAGAAAAUUCCAACAUGCAGUAUUGUAAAAUGCGGAAAAAAGUAAAAGUGAAGAAAACUUC